AUGAAAGUCAGGUCCUCCAGGUUGAAUGUAGCAUGGAAUGCUCUCUGCACUGGUGAACAAGAGCAAAGUCACUCAGUAGGUACUGAUAUAGUUCAUGGUAGAUGGUAUUUAUUAUAGAAUUGCAUAAUUGAGUAAAAUCACGCAUUCUGAUUGGUUAACGAAGAGAGGUAUUCAGUGUGGAAUUGCGAGUUGAAAACGAGGCUAAGGGAUGUUUUUUCGCAUCUACGUAACAACUAUCGUCAAAUUGUAACACAACAACUGCAAAAAAGGUUUUCUACAAUGUCAUUUUAAAAUGUUUUCAAAAUCAUUGUCACCUUUUGUAUAUCCUUUCUUAACAUACUGUAAUGUCGCCUGGUCCUCCACCUACUGUUCCAGCCUAAACUGUAUUUACCUUUUGCAAAAGCGUCUAGUGCGGCUCAUAACAAAAGCUCACUAUCUAGCAAAUACCGCCCCUUUGUUUAGCCGGCUUAAAGUCCUUGACAUAUUUAGUAUUAAUUUAUUUUCUGUCACUACUUUUAUGUAUUGUUAUCACCAUAAUCUUUUGCCUAGUAGCUUUCGUGACUUGUUCUUAAGUAGUAAUCUGAAGUCCAUCAAUACCAAAAUUCGACUGGCCUCUCAGUAUAGACCUCAUUUUUGUAGAUCAAAUAUAAAGCAAUUCAGCAUCCUUUACCGAGGACCUAAAAUCUGGAAUUCGUUGCCUGUUUCACUAAUUAGCUCUCCUUCUAUAUUUGUUGUUACAAAAAAUUUAAAGAAUUAUCUCACUGAUAGCCGAUCUGUCGCUUAAUUUUCUGAUCUUGCUCACUCUGCACUCAGCCAUGAAUUUAGUUCUCUAGGUAGUUGAAGGAAGCCUAUUAAUAUAAGCUUCAAGCUUCGUUAGACUUCCUUGUCACAUUAAUUUUAUAAUUUAAUUAACACCUUUUGUUUAUGUUGUAUAAGGUUUUGUGAGUGACUAAAUAAAUAAAUAGUUAAAAACAAACAAAAGCAUUUUUUAAAGUGAUCCAAAGGUUCUUCCUUGUUUUGAACUAAACUACAAAUUCUUGGAGAGGUAUAAAAAACCCCUUUCGCUAGCGACAAUGAGAAAACAAGAAAAUCCUGUCAACACAGCCCAGAAAAUAACAAGCCAAAUUCAAACAAACAAACCGGAGAAGCGACAAUGGAGGAAGUGCCAGGGUCAAUUGUCACAUAUACAGAAGAAGAAAUAAAUACCUUCAAAGAUCACAUUGUCCCUGAAAACACGAAAAAGAGUACGCCACUUGCAUUCAUCCUGAGUCGUGGUACUUAGAAAAGUACAAAACAGAGCUGAACUUGAACAGCAUUUUUAAAACAUUUCAUGGUACUUACCUUAUAUCAAUCGCAACGUUAAACUUUCAGUGCUUUGCCGUGGACACUUCAUUUCUUUCAGUUUUGCUACCGAAGAGGUAAAAGGUGUAAAUUAUUUUCCUUCGCGAGCAAAUGACCAAUUUGAAAAAGGAUUAUAGAUAACCGGCUUGUAAAUUCAGUGAAAUACCUCUAUUUAUCCUUACAAUUAGUGUGAAGCUUGUUCAUGUGUAAAAAAGUUUGAAAACAAAUGUAAAAACAAGCACAAGGUACAAAAAAAGUUGUCAAAGGUUCAAACGUGUAUGACUGACCUUGCUUCCUAUUCGCUAAUGCAAUGAUAGGUUUGACAUUUGACUUUGAAAUGGCUUUCUGGGGCGCGUGCUCAGGAUAAAAACAAACAAUAUUAUUGGUGUUUUCUUUUUUUUUCUGAUUUUUAUUUGAUUAUGCGAUUCAAGGAAAAUCCAUUACCUGACUCGUGAAUUCCACGUUAAAUUGCACUUGAAAACCGAUAUCGGUUUUCGUGUGCAAUUUAACGUGGAAUUCCCUCGUCAGGUAAUGAAUUUUCCUAUAAAACUUACUAAUAUACGUGGAAAAAUUUCUUGAAUCAGAUUGGCUUAGAGCAGUGCAGUUUUUAGUAAACACAGUACAAAAACAAGGAAACAUAAUGCAAAAAUAAGGAAAUAAAGUGCGAAUUUCUCAGAGAAUGAAAACCUGUGAUUGGCUAAUAAACAAUCAGUGUUCUCCAGAAGCGCGGGCAACUGGCAGUUUCACUGGGAACUCUUUUCCAAAGUGCCAGCUACUCUUAUGAGUCAAAACAUAAAAAAAAAACUGUCUGUAACUUUUAUCUUCAAUUUUUCGUAAGUUCCAUUUUUUUCCGCGAAGGAUAAAACGGCACCCAAAUCAAAUCGUGUUAAUUCAUUUCUUAGAAUACUAGAACAUGCAAUUUCAUCGGGAAAAUAACAAACAAACGAAAAAGCCACAAGGGCUUGUUUGAAAGUUUAUCGAAAAACACAUGAAAAUACAUGGAACUAAAGUGCCUUGAACAGCUACAAAAGAAGACAGUAACUGUUGUUGUUUAUUCAUGGUUGCGAAGCCACUCGCUGAGGCACUUGCCGAUAGAUAGCUGCGGCUUGUUUAUCUGACAUGAAGAAUAUAAAUCACAAGCAACUAGAAUACAUGCUAUGCAGCCAUUCACUACAGCAAUCGAGGCGUCAGUAAAGCUUCUUUUCUUGUUCAGCAAAACCAGCUUGUGGCUUCAAACAACGUCAUAACAAGCGACCAAGGUAAUAGUUUUUCUCCGUUGUUCUUACUUUUGUAACUGCUCCAAAAAUCCAAAUUCACAGUAAUUUUGAUGGCUGUUAAGAAUUAUUUUUCUUCACAUUAUCUGCCAGGUUUUUUUAGCUGUCCCGCUGUGUAAAAUCCUAGAAUCUCGAUGAGUUUUUAAAAGUGUUCAUCUUUACAACGUUUUGAUUUUUCAUUCAUCCAGUCCAGGAGAGUCGGUUCAUGCGUUGACAGUUCUGAUAGACAUGUGACAUGUGAAUAGCAGAACUCCCUUGUCUUUUCUGGUUUGUCCUAACAAGAUUCAAAGGGAUUUUGUGGGCGUUUUUAAUAAAAUAAUUAUUCCACUUGCGCUUGUUGGAUGAGAUGAUUAUUGCCAACUCGGCGCUAUGCGUCUCGUUGGCUAUUUUCCAUCUCAUAUCCAACGUGCCCUCUUGGAAUAAUUGUUAAUUAUAAAAUAACUAAGAUAGUACGUGCAUUCUGAUUGGUUAAAAACCAAUAGUUUAUUGUGCCGGUAAAAUCAUAGAAAACUGAAACAUGCUUUAAAGUUAUUUUAUAAAAGUAAAAGACCACAUUUUCUAAAGGUUUGCUGGUGUGAUAACCCACUUGGGAUGUUGGGAGAAGACUGGAAAAGCUUGUAAACCACCAGCUUAACUUCUCAGAUCUCUGGGCCUCAUGCCCCCAAACCCCCCCUUAGAUACGGUACUCUCGCUUUACCAGCACUUGGUGUCAGGCACCAGUUACUUUACAUCGGGAGCUGGCUACUCUAAAACUUCUGGAGAACACUGAACAAUAGAAAUAUAUAAGAACCAAUGAGCCUCAGGUGUCACAAUCUGCUUGCUUAUCUUCUUAGCCAUGGAAGAACAUGAAAGUCAGGUCCUCCAGGUUGAAUGUAGCAGAAAAUGCUCUCUGCUUGGUGAACAAGAGCAAAGUCAAUCAGCAGGUACUGAUAUAGUUCAUGGUAGAUGGUAUUUAUUAUAAAACUUAAUAAUAUACAUGGAAAAAUUUCUUGAAUGAGAUUGGCUUAGAGCAGUGCAGUUUUUAGUAAACACAGUAAAAAAAACAAGGAAAAAUAAUGAAAAAAUAAGGAAAUAAAGCCAAAUUUCUCAGAGAAUGAAAACCUGUGAACAAUCAGUGUUCUCCAGAAGCGCAGGCGACUGGUGGUUUCGCUGGCUACUCUUAUGACUCAAAACAGUAAAAAAAACUGUCUGUACCUUUUAUCUUGAAUUUUUCAGAAGGUCCUAAAAGAAACAAAAACAAUAGCUUGUCGUACAAAAAGCUCUUUGGUGUAUGACAAUUUGCCUUUUGCUAAUGGUAUUAUCGAUAUAUUUACUGAAUGAUUUUUGAUGAGACAUUGCCAGAUAAUAUUUUUUAAUUAUAAAAUAACUAAGAUAGUACAUGCAUUCUGAUUGGUUAAAAACCAAUAUUUUAUUGUGCUGGUAAUCUCAUAGUAAACUGAAACAUGCUUUAAAGUUAUUUUAUAAAAGUAAAAGACCACAUUUUCUAUGGAUUUACCAGCUUGAUAACUCACUUGGUUCUUGGGAGAACUCUGGAAAAGCUUGUAAAUAAGGAGCAAAACUUCUCAGAUCUCUGGGCUUAAUGCCCCUAAACCCCUCCCUUAGAUACAGUACUCUCGCUUUAUCAGUUCUUGGUGUCAGGCACCAGUUUCUUUGCUUUGGGAGCUGGCUACUCUAAAACUUCUGGAUAAUGUAUCGGUCAAAUCGAAGCUUCAACAUGCCCCCCCCGGGCAACCCCCCAGGCAUUUGACUUUUUUGAAAAUUAUUGUUCAAAAAUUCCCCCCGACCCGGGCCCAAAAUGCUGUUCAAAUGCCCCACACUAGGGUCCAUUCAGGUGAUCAAAUGCCCCCAUCCUGGGGACAUUUCACAGGCACAAAAAUGACAGAAGGACGGCGGAAACGCCUUCAGUUGUCGAACAAAAUCUUUAUAAAUAUAACAAAAACACUGUUAGCGUAUUUACUACGAACAAAAAACUCGUGCAAAGCGGCAGAAAUCGCUGCUACAAGGUCACUGAAUGCUCAGCUUUUCUUCAUCAUGCAACAUCCAAAGGGUUCUAUAAAAAAAGAUCCCACCUAUUGAGAUUACUACAUCAUGACCAUUUCACUGACAUGCAUCAUCGCUCACCGUAUAAAUUAACAUACUUGCAGUAGGUCAAAGUAGUUGACGUGAGCUUUUUAUUUUAUUUUAUUCUAUUUUAUGUUGUAGUAUUGAAUCGCUGGCAUAGGUAUUGUAUUUCAUUGUAAACACAACAAUAACAUACAUUCAUACAUUCAAAGCCUGAAUCCAGUAUUAAAAAUUUUAAAAUUUAAAUACUUCAAAAACGGCACAAAGCUUGUUUAAGCCCUUUCCUUGUAACCAAUUGGCCACAAAGGCACAAUCUUUUCCUCGAAAAUCCUCUAACACCGCGUCCCCCAUGAUAGCUCGUCACGCCAAAGAUUUUACAUGAAAUCGAGGGUGCAGUUCAAAUUCCCCACCCCUAAAGCCUGGGGAUCAAAUUCCCCACCCCCUGGAAGACUCUGAUAAUCAAAUUCCCUCCUCCCUGGGACGGAAAAGGUGUCAAAUGCCCGGGGUAUGCCCGGGGGGCAUGUUGAAGCUUCGAUUUGACCGAUACAUAACACUGAACAAUAGAAAUAUAUAAGAACCAAUCAGCCUCAGGUGUCACAAUCUGCUUGCCCAACUUAUUAAGAUUAUAUCUUAUCUUCUUAGCCAUAGAAGAACAUGAAAGUGAAGUCCUCCAACUUGAAUGUAGCAUGGAAAGCUCUCUGCCAGGUGAACAAGAGCAAAGUCAUUCAGGUAUACAUGAAAAAAUUUCUCUGUGAAUUUGAUUGGCGUAGAGCAGUGUACUUUUUAGUAAACACAAUGCAAAAACAAGGAAACAUAAUGCAAAAAGAAAGAAAUAUAAUGCAAAUUUAUCAGAGAAUGAAAAACUGUGAUUGGGCCAAUAAACAAUAGAAAUUUAUCAGAACUAAUUAAGUGCCACAAUUUGCUGGUGGGAAGCAUGUAUUCUUUUAAAACUUCCCCCUUAUUGGUGUAAUUAAUUAUGCUCUGUUGUCUUACCUAAGUAAUCUUUCCUUUUUCUUGUAACACUUUUUUUCUCAAUAUUUUAUUUUAUGAAUUUACCUGAUUAUUUUUAUUUAUUUAUUCAUUGUGGGUUGUUUUUGUUUUCAUUUUUGUAACCAAGAUUUUGAAAUUAAUAAAGGUGUGGGUGGGCGUGUGUGUGUAACAAAUAAGAAUGUUAAAACUUUCAUAUAUAUAUUUUUUACAUGGACUCAAAAGAGUAUGGGGCGCCGUUUGUAAAAAAAAAUGAUUUAGCUUAAUUUUGUCAUUUUUUUCGUUAUUUAUUAAAUAAAGUUUUCUGAUAUGAUAUCAUACGUCAAUGAUUUGAUAUAAUAAAUGUUGAUUUCAAAUCAUGCGUUUAUGAUUUGAUAUAAUAAAUUAUUAUUUAAAAUCAUGCGUUUAUGAUUUGAUAUAAUAAAUUAUUUUUUCAAAUCCUGCCUUUAUGAUUUGAUAUAAUAAAUCCUGAUUUCAAAUCAUUCGUUUAUGAUUUGAUAUAAUAAAUCCUGAUUUCAAAUCAUAAGUUUAUGAUUUCAUAUACUAAGUUCUGAUUUUAAAUCAUAAGUUUAUGAUUUGAUAUAAUAAAUCCUGAUUUCAAAUCAUAAGUAUUAUGAUUUCAUAUAAUAAAAAUCAUUAUUUGAUAUCAGUAAAACCAUGAUUUAAUUUAAUAAGUAAUAAGUAACCGCGUGACUUGGCACGUGGGUUACUACCGCGGGAAUAAUCGCAAAAAAGGGCGACACAACCAGAUCAGGUCAAUCGCUUCUGCGGUCUCUAGAGCCGUAGAAAGGGCGGUUGACCAAGCUUUGGCAUCCCUUCCGAACAUAUAUAUGCUACUGCGAUUUGUCGCCAAACCAGAGUCUCAAUGUUACGCCUGUACAAUGAUUUUUGUUCGCCAAGGACGCUUGGACCGAUGUCACUAACUAAUAAUUUCUCCUCCCGGUGUUGAGGUGUAAAUAGCCCUUUGUUUGUCUCGAUCUCUUGUUCUAUGACGAACUGUCUUGUCGCCUCACUUUGUGAAAUAGAAACAAUCAUUAGCUGUAUGUUAUUUUAGUAUGGCUACUAAAAGGACAUAACAAAGGAAGCAAACACAUCUAAAAGUAAGCCGCGCGUGUCACGCAAUGCGCCAGACAAACGAAAGGUCCAAAAGUCCUCUUUCCCUCGUAAAUAUGGUCAUAGCUUUCAGCAGUGAUACAUCCUCGGGAGGGGUAUGUGCCGCCUGGGACUCCAAAUAGGCAACCCGUUCUAAAAAAAAAAUAUCCCUAAAAUUGAUACCCCGUUCUAGAUAUGGGCCAAUUUUUUUAUAUCCCGUUCUAGAAUUCGCCUUAAAACUGAUACCCCGUUCUAGAAAUGGGCCGACUUUUUAUACUCCGUUCUAGAAAGUUCGUAAAUUGAAAUAGCCCUGUUUUUUUUAAAAGAUAUUUCUUUAUUUGUUCGACUUAUACAUCAAAUAGAUGCUUCUUCAUAAUCAGCAACAAUUUUGAGCAGAAGAUAAAGCCAUGAUCCACAAUUUUUUAAUACCCCGUUCUAGAAAACGCCUCUGAAAUGGAUACCCCGUUCUAAAUCAGGAGCUUCAAAAUCACGACCCCGUUGGGCGGCACAUAUACCCGUACAGGUAAUGUAUGAGAGUACCCCCGAUACAUCAAUGUUACAUACGUCUUGUGUCGCAGCAGCAAAACCUGAAUUGCCAGGAAGGCUCGGAAGGGAUGCCAAAGCUUGGUCAACUGCCCUUUCUACGGCUCUAGAGACCCUAGAAGCGAUUGACCUCGAUAGCUGAUCUGGUUGUGUCGCCAUCUUUGCGAUUAUUCCCGCGGUAGUAACCCACGUGCCAAGUCACGCGGUUACUUAUUACUUAUUAAAUUAAAUCAUGGUUUUACUGAUAUCAAAUAAUGAUUUUUAUUAUAUGAAAUCAUAAUACUUAUGAUUUGAAAUCAGGAUUUAUUAUAUCAAAUCAUAAACUUAUGAUUUAAAAUCAGAACUUAGUAUAUGAAAUCAUAAACUUAUGAUUUGAAAUCAGGAUUUAUUAUAUCAAAUCAUAAACGAAUGAUUUGAAAUCAGGAUUUAUUAUAUCAAAUCAUAAAGGCAGGAUUUGAAAAAAUAAUUUAUUAUAUCAAAUCAUAAACGCAUGAUUUUAAAUAAUAAUUUAUUAUAUCAAAUCAUAAACGCAUGAUUUGAAAUCAACAUUUAUUAUAUCAAAUCAUUGACGUAUGAUAUCAUAUCAGAAAACUUUAUUUAAUAAAUAACGAAAAAAAUGACAAAAUUAAGCUAAAUCAUUUUUUUUACAAACGGCGCCCCAUAAAAGAGCAGCUAUAUAAUCAGUGAUUUUGUUACCUCUGCAUUCUAUCUAUGUUCCUGACACAAAAAAAUCGCCAAAGACAUAAAAUAAUUCAUGGAUAUAUCGAUCUGAACGUGUGUAUUUGUAGAAAUAUCCCGUACGUGUAAUUUCUGUGGCAGUUAUGGUUGUUGUUUAGUGAUGCAUAUUUGUUUUAGCCUUUGUUGACUUCUGCUUUAAAAUAGAAGAACUAUAUUUCAAUUUCAGUAUACUAUAAUACAGAGUUUUGGAGUGUGUCUUCAGAUUAACUGUCUGUGGCUGGUACAUAAAGGCCCAAACAUUUUCCAUUUUGGACUCAUUUUUUUAACUGGGACUCAUUGGUUCUGGACUGGGACUAAUGAUUUCUCACAAGAUGAGUCCCAGAAUUCAUCAUAUUUAUUUGUAACAAAAACACUGUAUAAUUCAUUGAUUAGACCUUUUGUCAUGUAAUUCAAGUGUUGUUGUUGUGGUAAACAUGACAAGUCAUCAUGUCUGUACUUAAUUCUCCAUGACUGGAUUGUAGGAUUUUUGUUCUGUUUGUAUUUGAUCGUGCAUUAUUAUUGUGGGAAAACUUACCUUAGGGUUGCAUUACUUUGACUAGGACAAAGUUAAAAUACAUUGAAUUCUCAUAGAGAUAAUUAUUUUUUUGGAUUAUAAUAAUGAGUUCAUUGGUUGGGUCACUCCCAUUAUAUUUGAUGACUGGUUUAUGAAAUAUCAGCACUUAGAAAAUGAUUGUCAAGGUUGUUGUAUUAUCCGAAUUUUCAAAAGUAGAAAUAUUGUGUAUUUUCUAUUUGAAAUCAGGUUUUGAGAACACUUCCACAGAUACAGCUUUAUAAUAGUAAUUCUUGUACAGUUAUACAAGCUUGCAGUACUAGGGUGCGAAGAAAAGGAGGUCAGUUUUGUGCUUGUCCUUCGGGAAGGCUGUAGCUUGCAUCUGUUAGCCCAAGAAUCACAACUCUAUUAUCCCUCAGGCAAGAUAAAAAAUAGAAUCCACUAGCCCCAUAGCUUAUAUGAAUUGUGUAGUUGGUUAAUACAAAUAAUUCAUUUACUAGGAGAAGAGUUGGAGCAACACACUCCUGCAGUAGAAAAUGGCCCAAUUGAGGGAGCAAGCAAUGUGCAGGAAACACAGCAACCUCUUCCAGAAGUAAAUAAUAGUAGCCACUUAGAAGAUGACCGCCUAAUUGCUAGAGCAAGGGCAGUUGGUGUGGACUAUGAGUUUCCAAAGCCUGGUGAAGUGGAAACGGAGGAUGAUAGAAGAAAAGAUUUUAUUUACUUGAAUCCAGUCCAUUCCUUUUUCUCUCCAACAACAAUGAUAUAUUAA